UUAGUCAAUUUGGUUUUACGACAGUAAAUAAAUCAAAAGUAUUUAUAACAAGACGUAACUUUUAACUUGCUACUGAAUCACAUGUUGAAUGCUGAGGAAAUCACUUUCUGUGCAGCUACUGCGUUGAUAAAAACACAUUCAUACCUGCUCUGUAUCUUGGAAAUUAGGCCAAUGCAUUAUCAAAAGUGAUUUUCGGUACCAGUACAGUGUUUUAUAUAGUAUUCAAAAGACAUAGGAAGCACCAUGAAGGCAUCUUAUUUCAUCCUUGUGGUGUUUCUGAAAUUAUGUUUCUUGUUCUCUUCAGAUGGCUACAUCUUAUCAUCCUUUCACUUGGUUGACGGUAACUCCCCAAACGAGGGCCGUGUUGAAGUCACACUAAGAGAUGAUGAUGGGUACAAUCUGACAGGCAUUGUGGUAUCUGAUGAUAAAUGGACAAGAGAUGCGGCAAAAUGGGUUUGCGAGGAGCUAGGCUACCUCAACGCAGCAUUUGUCCCGGAUGAUAAUAGAUUCGGAAGAGGCUUGCAGUCAGGGAUUUUUAGUAUUGACAAGAUUUUUAGUAUUGACAACCGGACGUUAGUUGAACCUGAAUGCAACUCAAACAAAUCAGACAAUUGCAGCGAGAUCGGAGCAGCCGGUGUAAUAUGUCAGAAACCUGGAUAUUUAGGAUGCUAUCAAAUUCGUCCUGUGGUGUUCUCACAGAUCAAUAUAACAGAGACGAGCGAAGUAGGGAACAACGACAAAUGUCUGGAGUUUUGUAGGAACAAGGAGGAUAUUACAAUUAUCGAGUUUCUCUUUGGUAGGAACCUGCCAGCCCUAUAUACUGCACAAAGUGGAGAUACCUGUUAUUGUUUGAAUAAUAUUUCCGAGUCAUUUCAAAAGCGCGUGUGUAACACUAGAUGCAGUGGAGAUCCAGAGCAAUUUUGUGGACGAAAACAACCAGAUUCCUAUAUUGUCUUUAAUGCUUCUACAGGAUACUGCCCCGAGAUCUCCGGCGUCAAUUUGAACGUGUCUGGAAGGAACCGAUUUGGUGACAUAGUGAGGGCGAACUGUAGUGGUGGAUCACAACUGAUGGGCGAUGAUGAACUGCAAUGUCUAGGUGGUCCUGAUUUCUUCGAAUGGAAUGGGACCGUCCCUACGUGUAGAGAUCAAGAAACAACCACCAAUGAACCUUCAACGGAACGCACAAGAAUGACAAUAACACCUGCCACCCGUAAAGUUACAAGGAGUGAUGAACAAGAUUCAGAUGACAAGAACAUGGACAUGAACAUGAAUAGCUCCGGCGGCUCACAAUCUGCAUCUGUUCCGAUAGGAGCGUCUGCAGGGUCUGCUGGGAUUGUUGCAGUCUCGGCAGCCUCUAUAGCUGCGUACAUCAAUAAAAAGAGAAAAGCAGGGUCUAAAUCCAAGAGCGUUCCGAACAACGAAGAGCCGAGUGAGAAUUCAGUCACCGAAGUGACCGAACCAGCCGAUGAUGUCCGAAAGGAUCCGAAACAGUCCGAACUCGAUCAAAGUUCACCGAAUGAUACACCUCACUCUGGACUCAUAGAAAAUGACUACAAAGUUUUCGAUGAUUCAUCACAUGAUAACCCUGCAUUCGACGACGACAUUCUGCAAUUCACAACGAUUACGAUCUACCAUGAAAUAAUCCCGUAUCCAUUCCCCAUCGGUCAUGAACAUAGCGGUGAACACCAAGAAGCCGGAGAGAUGAUUGAUAAUGUUCUGUACGAACCUGCUGAUAACCAAACGAUACAGACGGGUUUUGCAAUUCAAAACUGCUCUGACAUAACACAAGAUUCUGUCGAUAUCCAUUACUCAGACGUUGAAUUAUAGUCCAAUUUCAGACACGGGACCAAGAUAGUGCGACAUCCACCCACAACCUGCCCAUUCUCCGCCGCGAAGCAAUGUAGAUGAUAACGACGCUGGGCCUGGGCCCGGUAAAACUGACCUCGCGACUGCAUGCUGAAGGUCCAAGAAUUGAUGUCAGCACCGAAAAUACACCUGAAUAUGCGACAGUCAACGAGGGCUAUGAAUCGGAAGGAGAUUCUGACAAUUCUGCCGCUGUGGGGCAAACAUCCUUCCCAAAUUACGCUUCUGUUCAUAAAUAGCGAUAAAUAGUGAGUUCUCUCACUGGAUUUAAUGCUGAUUCUGUUCUGGAUUCAGAAUUACGCUUAUAACAAUUAUUGUAAGCACUUUAAAAUAUAUCGUACAUGUAUAAUAUAUAAUCAUGUUAACCCUAGUUAUCGCAUUCUUGUAAGUAAACAAUGUUCGGACAGCUACACGACACACUUGCUCCAGCGACAUUUGCUUCCUGGUAAUUUCCUAUAAUAAUCGAAUACCUAACUUCUACCCUGGACCCAACACUAAACCUAACAUUAACGCCAAAGGUAAACCAUAUCUAAAUUCCAUUUACAUCAUUUAAGGGACUUAUUUAUAGCCCUACUUUUGGGUCGAGAGGAGAUCAAAUGUCUUCUUUAAGGAAAUUAUGGUUUGAUGAAUUAAAAGAAAUACACGAUUUUUACCUUUUCUUGUUUAUAUGAUUACACCCUUACAAAAUUUAAAGACCACUUUGAUGAAAAUCAAUAUUUAAAGGUACUAUGUCCCAUUUGCAGGCCAAAAAAAUGAAAAAGUUAAAUUCCAACUGCAUUU